AUGGCAAGGGCUCCAGAAAAUGAGCCGGAAAUUCGUGGCACUCCAAAAAAGAAGAAAAGGAAAGUAGUAGUGAUGCAUGAUAUGGUCGAGAAAGAAAUGCAACCAAGAGUGAACAGAAAAAGAAAGGUUUCGACAUCACUUCUACGCCCACACCUACCAAUCGAUGAUGUUGCCUCUGAAGUGGUGCAAGUCCUCCAAAAUGACGGCGUGCACAUUUUUAUCGGAGAAACUGGAUCUGGGAAAAGCACUCAACUACCAAAACUUUGUCUUGAAGCGGGAUGGUGUGAAAAUGGAGGGAGAAUCGCGAUCACUCAGCCACGACGAGUCGCAGCCAUUUCAUUGGGAAUUCGAGUGUCGGAAGAAAUGGAAACGGAUCUUGGCAGCAAGGUGGGAUAUCGUGUACGUUUCGAGGCAGAAGCGGGUCCUCAAUGUCAACUUCUGUACAUGACUGACGGGAUAUUGUUACGCGAGGCAAUGAUGGAUCCCUUACUCAAGGAAUAUUCUGGUGUCAUUAUUGAUGAAGCACACGAACGAUCUCUUCACUCUGAUGUUUUGUUGGCUGUUGUGAGGAGAGCUCGUCGUCUACGCUCAAAAAGGGGUCUUUCACCGCUCCAAGUUGUGAUCAUGUCAGCAACAAUUGAAGCCAACACAUUUUCGGAUUAUUUUUCUUCUAAUGAACCAGUGAAUGUUAUUGAAGGACGCACGUACCCAAUAGAGAUACUUUAUGGAGAGAAAAUCGAUCCAUCGGCAAAUGAUUAUGUCCAUCAAGCACUGGUCACAUUGAUGCAACUUCAUAAGGAGCAACCAAUCGAGUCUGAUGUUCUCGUCUUUUUGACUGGCCGAGAAGAAAUUGAAGUAGCCAUUAAGAAAGUUAAUCAAUCAAAUGAGAAACUCGGAUCUUUGAUUUACGCAAUUCCUCUCUAUGCAGCGAUGACUCCCAUGCAACAAAUGAAAGCUUUUCAGCCAGCGCCCGAGGGAUACCGCAAAGUUAUUUUCUCAACAAAUGUGGCUGAGACUUCUGUAACAAUACCGGGUGUUCGAAUCGUGAUCGAUAGUGGUAAAGUUAAAAUGAAGCAUUUUACCGUUGAAAACCGAAUUGAUGUUUUGAAAGUUCAAUCGACAUCAAAAGCUCAAGCACAACAACGGGCCGGUCGAGCCGGCCGUGAAGCACCAGGCAUUUGCUAUAGACUUUACCCAGAGAAAUAUUUCGAUGAAAUGCCCAACGCCACUCUGCCAGAAAUUUUGCGCUCUAACCUUGUUGAAGUAUUACUUGAGUUGCUCAAGAUUGGAUGGAAGAACAUUGAAACGCUAAAACUGGUCAGUCAGCCAGAGGACAACGCAUUGCGGUUAGCAAUUGCUCAACUUGAGGCAAUGAAAGCUGUCAACAGGAAUGAGAGCGGCAAAAUAAAGCUGACCCCAACUGGAGAGGCGUUGCUGAAAUACCCGGUUCCGCCAGAACACGGACGCGUGAUUCUGGCUGCAUCGAAUCAAGGCUGCCUUGAAGAAAUCUUAUGGAUAGUAGCUUGCAUGUCGACCGAUAGUAUUUUCACUUUUGAGCAAUCUGGCAAGGAAGAUGAAAUGCAAAGGAUUCGAGAUCGUUAUCGUACUUCUGAAGGGGAUCAUGUUACUCUACUCAACAUCUGCAAUAUAUUUCGAAAUGAGAAGAAGCGGAAUCGACUCGGAUUAAAGGAGUUUUGCCAGAAGAAUGGAUUCAACAUGCGGAAUCUAAACACUGUUAUGAAGAUUCGCACCCAAAUACGCGAAAUUGCAAAGGAUAUGUGUCAAAUGACGAGUUGUGGCGCAAAUCGAGAUAGUAUACGUCGGGCUCUAGCUGAUGGUUUGUUUAUGAAUGCAUGCGUCUAUGACCGACAAGAAGAUCGCUACAGAUUGAUGGUGAAUCCAUCCGUUGUUUUGCGAAUACACCCGAGUAGUGCGCUAGCUCGCUGCAAACCGCGAUGCUUUGUUUUCACGGAGCUUGUGCGUACGUCGGACCUUUACGCUCGUGAUGUGACGAUUAUCGAUGAGGAAUGGGUCGCCGAGAAAGCCGCCGCGUACAAGAAACAUUUAAUGGAAGUAGCUUUUGAU